AUGAAGCCGCAAUCUAGAUUUGGAAGCAUCCAGAAGAUACCUGAAGACGUGAACGAAGGCUGUUAUGAUGACAGUGUUCAGAAGAAGAAAUAUAGUUUCUUUAAAGAAUAUUUAGUUGAUUACACUGCAAAUUCCAAUCUUCACGGUCUAAAGUAUAUUGGAGAGAAGGAACGACCCAGAAUAGAGAAAAUAUUCUGGUUCCUAGCGUUUAUGUGUUCGGUUGUUCUUUGUUCUUUUCUAAUAAAAAAUGUAUGGAGGAAAUGGAAUGAUAGUCCAGUUAUCGUAAGCUUUGCAGAAAAAUCCACUCCAAUUUAUGACAUUCCGUAUCCAGCUGUUACAGUUUGCUUGGAAACUAAAUCUAAAAUGACAACUUAUAAUUUCACUUAUAAUUAUCACCGUUACAACAUAUCUUCUGAGAGGGAAGAUAUGACAGACCAGGAAAUCCAGUACUUUGAAGAUCUCACACUCGUAUGCGAUGAUCACCUUUUUGAUUCCGAGGGCAGGAAAUAUGGAAAUGGAAGUGUUACUGUAGCUAAUUUGAAGAGAAUAGCGCCAAAUUUAACAGAAGCAUUCUUUGGUUGCCAAUGGAAAGAUGUGCCAUUGAAAUCGUGUGAAAAUCUAUUUUCGCCUGUUAUUACUGAAGAAGGGAUUUGUUUUACAUUCAAUACCUUGCGAGCUGAUGAACUAUUGAGAAUGGAACAUGUGAAUCAAGACUACAAAUAUAUGGAACACCAUAAUAAAUCAAUAUCUUGGAAUUUAGAGGAUGGAUAUGCGAAAGAUACUCCCGUAGAAACUUAUCCUCAUAGGGGCUCGGGAAGUGGUGUUAAAUCUGGAUUAGUAUUUUUAAUGAAACAAAGAAAGAGUGAUUUGGAUUACCUUUGCCGUGGACCUGUUCAGGGAUUUAAGGUACUACUUCAUAAUCCCGCGGAACUACCAAGACUCUCACAAAACUAUUUCCGUUCAGCCUUGAAUCAAGAAUUAGUUGUUGCUGUGAAACCCCAGAUGAUGACAACGUCGCCAGGCCUUAGACCUUAUGAUCCUGAAAGACGUCAAUGCUAUUUUCCUACUGAGCGCUAUCUUCGUUUCUAUAAGGUGUACACUCAAUCCAACUGCGAGUUCGAAUGUUUCACCAAUUAUACAAACUCAAGGUGUGGCUGCGUCCACAUCGCGAUGCCCCAUGAUCCCGAUAUGAAAGUUUGCAGUACUGGGAAAAUGAAGUGCAUAAAGCACGUACAAAUGGAGUUGAUAGAACUGGAAGUAGAAUCGUACAUGAACAAGCAGGUCGAGUCGAAUCUGACCAGUGAAGCGCGCAGGAUCGCUCAGAAAUGCGAGUGCCUACCGUCCUGCACCUCCAUCGAGUACAAAGCCGAGAUAUCCAAGGCCAACUACAACUGGCAGGAUCAGGUCUUUAAGUCUGAUUAUGUUGGCAUGGAUGCUGAUUCUCAAUGCUCGCGCGUGUCUGUAUUCCUCAAAGAGCCACAGUUCAUAACGAUGCAGCGCUCGGAGCUGUACGGACAGACCGACUUCCUCGCCAAUUGCGGCGGUCUGCUCGGACUCUUCAUGGGCUUCUCUCUGCUCAGCUUGGCAGAGAUUAUCUACUUCCUAACAUUGAGAUUGGUAUGUGUGUUGUGGCGUCGUCGAAGAGCUACGAAAGUGACAUGCCAAGACCCAAUCGACGACCUAGCAUGCAACGAAGCCAACGCAUACGAAAUCUUCAAGUUACUAAUAGUUUGCCAGUCAUAUAAACAUGUCAUACUUAGUUUUAAUUUCAUAAUUGGCAGCGCCUCCUCAGGGAAUCGUUAUGGCCUUUCACAUUCGUAUUUAAACCAAGCCCAAAUUAGUAAAAUUUUUGAAUUACAUCAGUCGUCGACAAAUAUAGACGUUAUGAAGCGUCACUCUAGAUCUGAAAGUGUAGGGAAAAUCCCAGAAACUUUGGAAGAGAAACAAAACAAAUUGUAUGCAGAUGGUUUGGCUAAAAGAAACAAAAAACCUAGCUUCUUUAAGCAGUACAUAAUUGAUUACACGGCCAAUUCCAAUCUCCACGGCCUCAAAUACAUAGGGGAGAAUGAGCGAACUCGAAUAGAGAAAAUAUUCUGGCUGUUCGCUUUUAUAUGUUGCGUGGUGCUUUGCGCGGGACUAAUCAGAAAUUUGUGGAGGAAAUGGAACGACAGUCCCGUCAUUGUGAGCUUCGCAGAAAAUACCACACCGGUGUGGCAGAUUCCAUAUCCAGCCGUCACUGUCUGUUUGGAAACUAAAGCAAAGGCGUCAGUGUUCAAUUUUACGGAUAAUUAUCAUAAAUACAAUAGAAGUGGCGUAGGAAGUAAUAUGACAGAGCAAGAUAAAGAAUAUUUUGAAGAUCUCACCCUCGUUUGCGAUGACCAUCUCGCUUUCCCGGGCGGGAGAAAAUUUGGCAACGGCACUGUUUCAGUGUCCAAUCUGAAGAAAGUGUCACAGAACUUAUCUGAAGCUUUCUUUGCUUGCAAAUGGAAAGAUAUACCGAAGCAAACAUGUGAAGAUCUCUUCUCGCCUAUAUUGACUGAAGAAGGCAUAUGUUACACUUUCAACACGUUACGAGCUGAAGAAAUAUUCAGAAUGGAAAAUUUACAUGAAGAUUAUAAGUACUUGGAGCAUGAAAACAAUGCAGAAUCUUGGAAUUUAGAAUUUGGUUAUAGUCCAAAUACGCCCAUAGAAACUUACCCUCAUAGAGGUUCGGGAUAUGGUGCUAAAUCCGGAUUAGUCUUUCUGAUGCGAACAAGGGAGAGUGAUUUAGAUUACCUUUGUCGUGGUCCUGUUCAAGGAUUCAAGAUUUUGCUUCAUAACCCGGCAGAGCUUCCCAGGCUCACACAAAACUAUUUCCGAUCACCUCUGAAUCAGGAAGUAGUUGUUGCGGUAAAACCUAAAAUGAUGACGACGUCUGAAGGAUUAAAACCUUAUGACCCUGACAGACGCCAAUGCUAUUUCCCGACUGAGAGAUAUCUCCGGUACUUUAAAGUAUAUACCCAAACGAACUGCGAAUUUGAGUGUUUAACUAAUUACACUUAUGCUAGAUGUAAUUGUGUUCACAUAGGAAUGCCACAUGGUCCUGAAAUGCAGGUCUGCAAUACGGGAAGUAUGGAAUGUAUAAAGAAAGUACAAAUGGAACUAGUAGUGGUGGAAGUGGAGUCGAGUUUGGAAGGUCAGAAGUCGGAGGCGUCCAACGAGGCGCGCAUGAUCGCUCACAACUGCAAGUGUCUGCCGGCCUGCACCUCCAUUGAGUACGAGUCUGAGACUUCACAGGCGGACUAUGACUGGAAGGCUAUUUUUAGAGUCCUCAAGUUGGAUUAUACUGAGAUGGACGAGGACUCUCAGUGUUCCCGCGUGGCAGUGUUCUUCAAGGAGCCACAGUUCAUCACUUCGCGCCGCUCGGAGCUGUACGGACAGACCGACUUCCUCGCCAACUGCGGCGGUCUGCUCGGACUCUUCAUGGGCUUCUCUCUGCUCAGCUUGGCAGAGAUUAUCUACUUCCUAACCCUGAGAUUAUUAUGUGUCCUGUGGCGUCGAAAAGUAAUGAAGAAACAUGAAAAUGACUUUCCAAAAUGUAACGAUAAUACAUGUGUGCAAGAAGACAAACUAAAACAACUUUAUAUAGAUUAAUCAUAUUUUAAAUUCUAAUUACCUUUGCUCCCUAAAUGAUACCUACUUCCAUUAAGUAAGUAUGUACAUGUAAUCAACGACAUUAUCUGAAACAACAUGAAGUCUUAAUAUACGUUAUUGACGUUUGAGUAUUUUAUAAGUUCCGUGGAUAAUGAGAAUG